GAUGUCAUCUGUCACACACUGACAGGAGACUGAGCCGAGGCACAGCUGUGUGAUCCCCAGCAUCUGCUUUCCUCCUCUCAGCCACCAGGCUGCUCUCAAUAGGGUAACUUGGCUGCAAGAUGGCAGAACCACACCAGGAUAUCACCGUCGUGGAGGACCAGGAGAGGCAGCACGUCCCCUCAGGCUAUCCCCUUCAGAUUCCAGUCGAUGAUGGAUCGGAUGAGCCUGUUUCUGAAACAUCUGACGCUAAGAGCACCCCAACUACAGAAGAUGCCACAGCACCUUUAGUAGAGGAAGGAGACCAAGAGGAUCAGCACGGGGAGAUCCCAGAAGGAACCACAGCUGAAGAGGCGGGCAUAGGAGCCACCCCCAGCCUGGAGGACCACGCUGCAGGAGAUGCUGCUCAAGCUCCAGGGGAGCCCAGCUCUCCAAAGCUGCAGCCUGGCCUUAAGGAGCAGGUGGGAGGUGUGAUUAAAAGGGGCAGCCAGCCCAUGGAGCAGCUAGCUGGCGUUCCUCAGGAGCCUCUUCUGCAACAAGAAACAAAGCCUGCAGCCACAGCUCCCACCAGGAUCGAGGUCACCAUCCCAAUACCCCUGGAUAUGUACCAAGAUGUCAGAGCUGAGGACAGCAGUGAGCUGUGGGAUCGUGGGGGCAGAGAAGGCGUUGGUGUGGAUCCAGCAGUGGGAAAAGAGCUGGGAGAUGUGUGCACCAUGGGGCUGGCAGGAGCGGGUGGCACUGAUGCCUCCCGUACUGCAGAUGGGCCAACUCCUUUAGAUGCUGGAGCCCCACUAAAAGAAGACACCAGCAGCUGGGAAAGAGAUGAGGACCGUGAUACUGAUGGAGCUUCUCAGCAGGGUUUGCUUGGACAGCGUGUUUCUCCAGGACCCAAAACAACCAAGGAAGCUCUUAAAGAUGAAGGAGAAACCAAGUCUGGAGAUGUCCUCAGAGACGUGGAGAGAGAGGCACUCCUUGUUGAAUCUGAAGCACGUAAAGCAGAAGACCAAGAGGAGAGACAGCAGUUGCAGGGGGAAGAAUCAUACGCAGAUGUCACCUCAUCAGAGCCUUCUGAGACCCAAACAGAAGGGGCAGGAGGGGAUGCUGGAGCCUUAAUGGAAGCAGCCAAACCCCCCGUUGGGUUAAAGGAUGGCAGGGAAGAAGGAGAUGCUGCCGUGGAAGAGGCAGUGCUGGGUGCAGGAGGCUGCGGGACGCCCAAGAAGAAGCCUGGUGCUGCAGAUAAAGCAGUCAGUCGUGUUCCUCUCCUGAAAGCUCGUAUUGAUAGCAAAGACAAGGAAGGGGCUGAAACUGAUGAAAAGAAACCGAAGAAAUCCUCACCUUCCACUGCCAAACCCCCAAGUGAUAGAGCCUCCAUCCCUCCCCACCGACACACCUCCUCUAGCACAGCCCCUCCGAAAUCUCCCUCCAGCCCUGCAUCCACCUCUAAACGAGUCACACCCCGACCUGCCAGUACAGGAACGCAUGAAACAAAGGCCAAGGGCCAGGAGAUGAGGGGUGGCACCAAGCCGGCCACGCCGCGCUCUGCAGCCGGGCAGGCACAGAGGAACUCCAGCAACGCCACCCGCAUCCCAGCAAAAACCCCCACGGCCCCCAAGACCCCUCCUGGCUCUGGCAGAAAGGAGCAGAAAAAACCACCCCCUGCAGCAGCGAAGUCUGAGAAAGGUGAGCAGCCCAAGUCUGGAGACAGAAGCGGUUACAGCAGUCCCGGCUCCCCCGGGACUCCAGGCAGCCGUUCCCGCACUCCUUCUCUGCCCACCCCACCAGCCAGGGAGCCCAAGAAGGUGGCUGUGGUUCGCACGCCUCCCAAAUCGCCCGCGUCUGCCAAGAGCCGCGUGCAGCCCUCGGCGGCUCCGAUGCCCGACCUGAAAAAUGUCAAAUCCAAAAUCGGCUCCACCGAAAACCUGAAGCACCAACCUGGAGGUGGCAAGGUGCAGAUUAUUAAUAAGAAGCUGGACUUUAGCAGCGUUCAAUCCAAGUGUGGCUCAAAGGAUAAUAUCAAACACAUCCCGGGAGGAGGCAGUGUGCAGAUUGUUAAUCAGAAGUUGGACUUUAGCAGCGUUCAAUCCAGGUGUGGCUCAAAGGAUAAUAUCAAACACAUCCCGGGAGGAGGCAGUGUUCAAAUCGUUUACAAGCCGGUGGACCUGAGCCAUGUGACGUCCAAAUGCGGUUCCCUGGGCAACAUCCAUCACAAACCAGGUGGUGGCCAAGUGGAGGUGAAAUCUGAGAAACUGGACUUCAAAGAUAAGGUGCAAUCUAAAAUCGGGUCCUUAGAUAACAUCAGCCACGUUCCUGGAGGAGGAAAUAAAAAGGUAAAGGAGGGCAGGGCUGCUGUCCCGCGUGUGUGUGAGCCUUGGGGG